GCCUGUGCCUAGUCUGUUAUUAUGUGUUAUGUUGUAAUUGUAUAAUUCUUAUUUUCGAGUGCAAUUAAUAAUGUAAUUGCAAAUCUAUAGUAUGUUAUUAUAGUUGAUAAUUUAAACAAAAAUAUGGAAAACACGACUAGCAAACACCGUACACCGAGUCAAUGCAGAGAGUGGGAGCGGUUAAGAAGAAACAGGUUUAAUGAAGCAAUUAGUAAGCUGGGUCAAAUUGUAAAGGAUAUAUUGAAAGAUAAGCCCCAAUUUGAAGCAUCAAGUAAUGUACAAUAUCCAAAAAUAGAAAUUGUGCAAAAGGCAAUCUUAUGUCUGACAACAUGUGUUCAAGAAAAGACUCAGUUAAAAGCAGAAAUUCUGGCAUUGCAAGUGAAACUUGAAGCAGAAAAAAAUGUAAAGCCAGACAAAAAAGAUGCAUCUAUCCAGGUGUCAGCUGUGAUGUGCAAAAAAAAUAAAAAUGGCAAAUUUGUUAAAUUAGUAAUGUUACAAAAAUCAAAAAAGAAGAAUUUAAAAGAGAAACCUUCUGUCACUCAAAAUGAAGCUAUUAAACAGAAUAUUGAAGGGAAACCUUUAACAGAAAAUAAAAUACCCAAUAAAAAUAUGCAAACAUUACCAAAAUUAUUGCCCUUAACAAGCACCAAUAAUAAAAAGGGAAUAGAAAAUACUAUUGUAAUGCUGCCAAGUACACCAUACAUUUCCUUCCCACAAAGGCCCUUAUUAUUUCCAGCAGUACCACCUACUAUUGUCUUUUUGGAUUCAAAUUUACAACCAAUUAAUAAACCAGCAACAAUACCCAUAAUCAAUAGAAACAAUGCAGAUAUGACAAAAACAACAAUGGUAAAUGUUUUACCCAUAUCAGCCUACUCGCGCCCCAUGUCAGCUACCAGAACUAAGAAAAACAAUGUAAAGCCAAAGCAAAAUGUCAAAAGAAAACAUGUUAAAAAAGGUGACAAACAAACAGCGGAAGUAUCUGAUGAAUCGUCUGUCACUAAGGAUACUAAAACAAUACCAAAUGAAAAUAUAAAUAGUACAAAGGACGAAAAUGUGACUGAAAAAAUUAUGAAAAUUUCAAACACUAAUGAUUGUAACAAAGAACAAAAUGAAAAUAAAGAAAACAAUGUUUGUGUAAAAAAUAGUAAUGAUUCCACAUUUAAUGAUAAAGCUCAAGAAAAAAGUGAAAAUGUAAUGAAGAGUCCAGAAAAUUCCGAGCCAAAUACUACAUGUAGUAGUACAAGUAAUGCUGAUUUAACAAUUUCUGCUUCCAUAGCUCAAAAACCUACAGAAGGAUUAAAUAAUGAAUCCAGGGAAAUAAAUUUAGAAGGGUCCUCUAAACCUGAAAAAAUAUGUCCCGAAAAAGAAUUAUUAUUAGUAGAGAAAGAUAAGGUAAAUAAAUUACCUAAUAUACUAGAUACUGCAUUAUGUGACAAUGUUGUUGAUGGCGGCAAUGCUCGCUUAGAAUUGGCUGAGGAGUUUUUAGCUGCUUCACCAACUGCAGCAUUCCUUAUGUCGUUCCCAUUAGUCAGUGGGAACAGAGCAGACAGCCCUGCUGAAGACCAUCAAAAUAUUCAAGCAAGUCUCAAAGAAAAUCAUCAAAGGAGGAAUGAGGUUCCUUCACAAGCACCUUAUUUUCCAAAACCUCAUGAUGUAAAAGGAAAAAUGACAAAAACCGAUCAAAAUAUUACACAAAAACAAACCGAACAACAAAAGUUUAUUAGCAAUACAAAUAUUUCAAAAGAAAUAGAACCGAAAGUAUCUACUUUAAUUACGAAUUCAUCCAAUGACAACCCUUUCUUACAUCUGAGUAUGCCAUCACUUGCUCCAACAAGUUGUCCUCUUACUGAUUCAACAUUUUCAUUAGAUUUUGAUUGUACUGUAUCAAAAGCAAAUCAUCCAGUCAGUGUUGCAAGCAGUAAUAAUUUCUUCUAUAAAAGUGAUGCAUUAAGUUCUACAAAGACCUCUAUUUAUAGCACCAGUAACAUUUCUUCAGGCCAUGAAUUUAAUAGUCUUGGAUUGUAUCCUUGUGCAAUGGAGAAAUUUAGUACUAAAAACAAAUCAGAUUUUUCCAAUAUGGAGGAAAACCUCAUGAAAAUAGGACCCUCGAGACUUACAUAUGACAUCGACCUCGGUUGGUCGCACAAGGGUUUUGAUUUUGUUACAUGCACGACAACCUCAACUACUUUUAAUAAAGAUAAUAUUUUAACUUCGGCCCCAUCGCAAUAUUCCACAGCAUAUAAUCCAUUUAAUCCUGACUUUCAUGUACCUCUUGUUACAAACUCGAGUAAAAAAGAUAUGCCCUGUAAAGCAAUAUCGUCUUUUCCAGAAGCUAUUACUAGUUUUUAUUCCCAGCCAACGAAUUUAUGGUCAGAAGAUAUGACCUUUUAUACGAGUAAUAACUUUUCUAAAAAUUUUACACCUAAGCCACAAAAUUUUGUCUCAAUGGAUCACAACCCAACUAAUGUUGCCCUGAAAACAAGUGCAGUAAAGCAAUACGAAACAAAACUGACACCAGAUACUGCACCAAAUCAGCUCGUUAAACCUUUGAUAGAGGGCCCACCAAUCAUUAGCGACAAAUACACAAAAAAGUCUCCGAGUAAAAUGCACAUUAACUGGAUGACUUCUGAAAUAAGGCCAAUGCAAAAUAAUUGCAACCCAAGUCAAGCAAACGUGAAAGAGAACCACAAACCUCUAUACCCUCAAAAUAUACCACAGAAAAAGCAAGAUCAUAAUGAAGGAAACUAUUUUCCUAUAAAUAUGCAAAAUUUCCCAUCACAAGUCACCCAAGAGGAAUUUCAAGUGUGGCCAACUGCUAGACCAGUCGGUACUACUGAAAUUAGUAUCGAGCCUCCGCCUAUUAAUUUACCAACACUGGUUGGCGAUUUAGCACUGGGCCCACAUGAUAAGAAGAAGAAUGAAGCAAUUAACAGAAUUUUGCCACAAACAGAUUUGCAAAAUUGCAAUAACUUCUUUUCUGUGACACAGUUAAUGAAUCGCUCUUCAGAUGUUAUGCCUCCCCGUUAUCAUGGAGCUAAUAUGGAUACGCAUAAAACAAAUCCUAGCAAACAAAAUGUUCCAAACGUUAGCAAUGACACACACCGUAAGGGAUCACGACUAGAAACGCACUUAGCACAACCAUGUCAUGUGUUUGAAAGCAAACCGGUAAAUUAUGAAACUAUGGGACAUUUUACACAAAACAAACAGAAAAACAAUAAAUCUGAUAAAAGUGCUAAAAAUACCAAAACAAGUUAUUCGGCUGAAGCUUUGAUAAGAGGUGGACCCUGCAAUCAAAAGGCACACGAUACUAUAUCUAAAUUUUUGCUGCCACCACAAAAAUAUAAUGAGUUUAACGUAACACAAGAGAGUGGAGUCGCUCAAGUAUCACAUUUUCCUCCUUUACUUGAAUACCCGGAUAAUAGUUAUGCAGGUCAACAAUUUUCUGGUACAACUUUAUACAAUUCAACCACAAAUACCAUAUCCAAUUCAUUUUAUUCUAACUUUAUGCCUGGAAGUAGCAACCUGAUGACGGGUAACUACACAAGUGGACAUUUCCAAAGUGAUUUCAUCGAUUACAACCAGCCUGCUGAAUGCAAUUACACCAAUUACAAAUACGACGAUUUGAAAAUGAAAGCCAACACAACUCUUCAAGAUAAACCUCUUCCAACUCAAUAUAAAGGAUCUAGAAGAGAAUCAACGACUAAACAUAAAUUGGAAUGUUCGAAAAAGGAAUCAAGUAAAAAGUGCAACAGUAAGAGAGCUAAACUUACUAACGAAGUUGAAGAAUGGAACGACUCCGCGCAUAUGCUAUGGCAAAGUAAAGCUCCAACGAGGAGGCAUCCGAAUAUUUCGGAAGACUAUUCUUUUCCGAACUAUGUUGGCAAUCAGAUAUCUGCGAGUAGUCAGUACCAACCGGAAUUGUUUAAUACUCAUUUAAUGCCUUCUAAUAUGCAAAGUGUGGGCCACAAUAUCGACCGUUCCCUUACUACCUUCCCUCCUACUUCCCGUGCCAACUUUAACCUCAGUACAAUAUUUCCAGAAAUCACGAUGAAAGUGCAGUGAUGGAUAUUUAACGAAAAUUUUUUAUAUGGUAUACGCAAUUAAAUUAACGCUGU